AUGUCUCCACAAACUGAAUCAGUCACCAUCAUUGGUGCAGGCGUCGUUGGUUCUUCUCUUGCUUAUUUCCUCUCCCAAUCUUCAACCCCAAGAACCAUAACCCUAAUCGACCGUUCAUUCACUAGUCUCCUGGGUUCAUCGGGGAUUGCACCCGGCUUCAUCGGCCAAUUCAAUGAAUCUGAGAUCCUCACUAAACUUGCAAUCGACACUGUCUCAGAAUAUGUCAGAAUCCCUGGUGGCUUUGACAGGGUUGGCGGUCUAGAGAUUGCCUUCCAAGAUGAGGGUAUUCAACGAUUGAAGACAAGAUGUGAAGAUGCGAAGAAGCUUGGGCUUGAGGCUAAGAUAUUGAGCAUUAAGGAGGCACAUCAGCUUGCCCCAGAGUUGGUCAAUGAGGAUGGCCACGGGCAGGCGGUCUUCUUUGAAAAGGAUGGCACUGCAAAUGCAGUGAAAAUGACAACUUGGUAUCAACAAGAGGCAAAGAAGCGUGGAGUCAACCUCGUGGAAGCUGAUGUGAAGCAGCUUACCAUCUCAGAUGGUCGCGUCACAGGCAUUGAGGUCGUUGAGAAUGAGACAUCACGUCAUCUCAAUGCCGAGAAAGUCAUCAUCACAACUGGAAUCUGGGCUCAAGGUCUCUCAUCAAACCUCCCAUUCCCUGUCCCUGUUAUCCCCGUCGGCCAUCCCUACAUGCACGCCCAACCACACGAACCCCUUUCUCACAAGAAUUGUUUCGUUCGUUGGCCGGAACAUCAUGUGUACGCUCGCGAUCACGGUGCAAAUUUCGGCAUCGGAAGCUAUGAUCACGCACCCAUUGCAUACAAACCAGAUACUUCAGCUAAAGGGGAGUGGGUUGAAUGGUUCAAGCAACCUCUCGAUUUCGCUACGGGUCUACUUCCUCCUGCUGCAGCCCGAGAAUUCCAAGACGGGAAUCACUUCAAUGGAGUGUUUAGUAUGACGCCGGACAAUAUGCCCCUUGCUGGGAGGGUCGAGUCAGUCGACGGGUUGUUCAUGGCAGUUGCAGUCUGGGUUACGCAUGCCGCUGGUACAGCAAAGUUCCUGACAAGGAUCAUUGAUGGAGAAGAAGUUGAAGGCAAGACAAAAGAGGCUCUUGAUCCUGAGAGAUUUAAGGGCCAAGACUUUGCGGAGUUGGAAGAGAAGUCAUUGACGGGCUACAAUUCUAUUUACAAGACCGUUAAGUCAGGGCCGGUUUAG